GUUUUUGGUUUUACUUGUCUUCUCAACAUUCAACACAACAGAACACUAUCUUCACAUGCAUCUGACUGGGCCAACUGAGACACUGUUCCCAGGUCUGCCUGCCAGUAACGCUUCCAUCAGUCAGACUCUGCAGUCUUCCCCGCGACCUCCCUGACGAUGGCUAUUACAGACUUCCUCGCUGCUUCUGACAUUACUUCAGCCAUCAAUGCGUGCCAAGCAAAAGAUUCUUUCAGUCCGAAAACCUUUUUUGCAACUGUGGGACUGUCAAAGAAAUCUCCACCAGAAAUAGAGAAGGUCUUUCGGAUUCUGGACCAGGAUAAGAGUGGGUUCAUUGAGCAGGAUGAGCUACAACUAUUCCUUCAAAACUUCUCCAAAGGGGCACGGACCCUGACGGCAGCGGAGACCAGAGCCUUCAUGAUGGCUGGAGAUAUGGACGGGGAUGGCAAGAUUGGUUGGGAAGAGUUUUCAAACCUGGUCAACUCCUCCUGAGGACAGACAGCCCAGGAUUGUCUACUGCGUUCCAGCUCUGCACCCUCUGAAUGAUUUAUUUAGAUCAAUAUGAUUUGUACUUGUCCUGCUGAUUUUAAACAGUACAUUUGCUUGCAAUAUGUCAUUCUUAGUACAAGUGAUGGCAUAAAAAGACCUCGCUGAAUAAAGACUCAACAGUU